AUGAGCUUUCUAUUUUUUAUUAAACACGCCAUAAUUUGGAUAUUGCAGAAGCUUCAAAAUAUUUUCUAUUUAUUUUUCAUUUAUUUUAAUCAUUUUUUUUAUCCCUCAUUUUAUUCUGUUCUCUUAUUAUCCUUCCUUUUCUUUCUUUUUCAUUUCCUUUAUAUUUUUUCUUUCUUUUUCUUUCUCAUUUUUCUUUCCUUUUUCUUUUUCUUUUCAUUUUCUUUUUGCUUUUUUUUCUUUUCUUUUCAUUUUCUUGCUCAUUUUCUUUCCUUUUUUUUUCUUUUCAUUUUUUUUGCUCAUUUUUUUUUUCCUUUUUUUCUUUUUUCUUUUUUCUUUUUUUUUUUUUCUCAUUUUUUUUCCUUUUUCUUUUUUCUUUUUCUUUUCUUUUCUUUUCUUUUUCUUUUUUUCAUUUUUCUUUCUCAUUUUUCUUUUUCUUUUUUUUUUCUUUUCAUUUUUUCUCUUUUUCUCAUUUUUCUUUUUUCUUUUUUUUUUUUUUUUUUUUUUUUCUUUUUUUCUCUUUUUUCUUUUUCUUUCCUUUUUCUUUUUCUUUUCAUUUUCUUUUUCUUUUCAUUUUCUUGCUCAUUUUUCUUUCCUUUUUCUUUUUCUUUUCAUUUUCUUGCUCAUUUUUCUUUCCUUUUUCUUUUUCUUUUCUUUUUCUUUCUCAUUUUUCUUUCCUUUUUCUUUUUCUUUUCAUUUUCUUGCUCAUUUUUCUUUCCUUUUUCUUUUUCUUUUCUUUUUCUUUCUCAUUUUUCUUUCCUUUUUCUUUUUCUUUUCAUUUUUUUCUUUUCUUUCUCAUUUUCUUUCCUUUUCUUUUCUUUUUUUUUUUCUUUUUUUUUCUUUUCUUUUCUUUUUCUUUUCAUUUUUUUCUUUUUUCUUUUUCAUUUUUCUUUUCUUUUUUCUCAUUUUCUUUUCCUUUUUCUUUUUUUCUUUUUUUUUCUUUUCAUUUUCUUUUCUUUUCAUUUUCUUUUUUCUCAUUUUUCUUUCCUUUUUCUUUUCUUUUUUUUUUUUUUUCUUUUCUUUUUCAUUUUUCUUUUUCUUUUUUUUUCUUUCCUUUUCUUUUUCUUUUUUUUCUUUUUCUUUUCAUUUCAUUUUCUUUCUCAUUUUUUCUUUCCUUUUUUUCUUUCUUUUUUUCUUUUCUUUUUCUCAUUUUUGCUUUUUUCUUUUUCUUUUUCUUUUCAUUUUCUUGCUCAUUUUUCUUUCCUUUUUCUUUUUCUUUUCUUUUUCUUUCUCAUUUUUCUUUCCUUUUUCUUUUUCUUUUCUUUUUCUUGCUCAUUUUUCUUUCCUUUUUCUUUUUCUUUUCUUUUUCUUUCUCAUUUUUCUUUCCUUUUUCUUUUUCUUUUCAUUUUCUUUUUCUUUUCAUUUUCUUGCUCAUUUUUCUUUCCUUUUUCUUUUUCUUUUCAUUUUUCUUUCUCAUUUUUCUUUCCUUUUUCUUUUUCUUUUCAUUUUCUUUUUUCUUUUUUUUUCUUUUCAUUUUUCUUUCUCAUUUUCUUUCCUUUUUUCUUUUUCUUUUCUUUUUCUUUCUCAUUUUUCUUUCCUUUUUCUUUUUCUUUUCAUUUUCUUUUUCUUUUCAUUUUCUUUUUCUUUUUUUUUCUUUCCCAUUUUCUAUUCUUUUUCGCUUCUCUUAUUCUUCUAAAUUCUAUUUUCUUCUUUUUCAUUUUUCUCAUUAUUUUUUCUUUUUUCCUAUUUCCUUUUCUUUUCUUUUUCUAUUUUUCUUUUCUUUCUAUCUAUUUUUCUUUCUAUCUAUCUAUCUAUUUUUCUAUCUAUUUUUCUUUCUAUCUAUCUAUCUCAGUCAUAUCUAUAUCCUUCAUAUCUAUCUAUCGCAGUCAUAUCUAUCUAUCUAUCUAUCUAUCUAUCUAUCUAUCUAUCUAUCAGUUAUUAUCUAUCUAUCUAUCUAUCUAUCUAUCUAUCUAUCUAUCUAUCUAUUACCGUCAUUCUCUCCAUGUAUACAUCUCUCUCUCUCUUUUCUCUAUCUAUCUAUCUAUCUAUCUAUCUCAGUCUGUUCAUAUCUCUCUCUCUCUCUUUCUUAUAUAUAUAUAUAUAUAUAUAUAUAUAUCAGUCAUUUUCUAUCUUUCCUUUUCUCUAUCUAUCUAUCUAUCUAUUCACAUCUCUUCUAUCAAUUAUCUAUCUAUCACCCUCAUAGCUAUCCAUCUUUUUCAUCUCUCUCUCUCUCUCUCUAUCUAUCUAUCUAUCUAUCUAUUGCAGUCUGUUCAGAUCUAUCUAUCUAUCUAUCUAUCUCCGUCUCUUCCUUAUCUACCUAUCUUGGUCUGUUCUUAUCUCUCUCUCUCUCUAUCUCUCUCUCUCUCUCUCUAUCUAUCUAUCUAUCUAUCUAUCUAUCUAUCUAUACGUUACAAGAUCUAUCUAUCUAUCUAUCUAUCUAUCUAUCUAUCUAUCUAUCUAUCUAUCUAUCUAUCUAUGUCUGUUCGUAUCUAUUUAUCUAUGUAUCUAACUAUGUCACUUCAUAUCUGUCUAUAUAUUUAUGUCUGUUUAUAUCUAUCUAUCUAUCUAUCUAUCUAUCUAUCUAUCUAUCUAUCUAUCUAUCUAUUACAGACUGUUCAUAUCUAUCUAUCUAUCUAUCUAUCUAUCUAUGUCUGUUCAUAUCUGUCUAUCUAUCCAUGUCUGUUCAUAUCUAUCUAUCUAUCUAUCUAUCUAUCUAUCUAUCUAUCUAUCUAUCUAUCUAUGUCUGUUCGUAUCUAUUUAUCUAUGUAUCUAUGUCACUUCAUAUCUGUCUAUAUAUUUAUGUCUGUUUAUAUCUAUCUAUCUAUCUAUCUAUCUAUCUAUCUAUCUAUCUAUCUAUUACACACUGUUCAUAUCUAUCUAUCUAUCUAUCUAUCUAUCUAUCUAUCUAUCUAUCUAUGUCUGUUCAUAUCUGUCUAUCUAUCCAUGUCUGUUCAUAUCUAUCUAUCUAUCUAUCUAUCUAUCUAUCUAUCUAUCUAUGUCUGUUCGUAUCUAUUUAUCUAUGUAUCUAUGUCACUUCAUAUCUGUCUAUAUAUUUAUGUCUGUUUAUAUCUAUCUAUCUAUCUAUCUAUUACAGACUGUUCAUAUCUAUCUAUCUAUCUAUCUAUCUAUCUAUCUAUCUAUUACAGACUGUUCAUAUCUAUCUAUCUAUCCAUCUAUGUCUGUUCAUAUCUGUCUAGCAAUCUAUGUCUGUUCAUAUCUAUCUAUCUGUUGUAG